ACGGGCCCCGAAACAGCUCGUCCUCGCCACCCUCCGGUUUGCGCAGAGGAGGCCCCGGGCGUUGGCCGGAACCCUGGGGACCGAGCAGGGGGGGUCCUGGCUCCCCGCUGUGUGGUGGGCGACCGAGCCAGCGUGGAGAGGAGCCAGGAGCCUCGUGCUGCCGGGCCAGCCGUCCUGGGGGCUGCUAAACGCGCCCGCCGGAGACCCUCGGGCGCAGCUGUUCCUAGGCAUCCCAUAUUGAUUUUUCUUCCCGGUUUGUUGUGGGUGCUGGGGGACAGAGAAUCCAGUGAUGAGACAGUCGCCUCAGGUGUCUUUGCAAAUGUAGCUGAGGAGCCGGGGGUAAAUUGCCAUCUCCUUCUAGAGAAGUUUUCUAGCUUGGAGAAAUUAGUCUCAGGAAUCUCCACACCCUGCUAGCUGCAACAGAACCGCAGCUUGGGUUUGCAGGAGUUAAAUGAUUUCAGAUUCUGAAAACUAAACUUCUGAUGUAAAGAAUAGGCAAAAGAAGCUAAAGCCUUUUGUUCAGAAAAGCGUAGCUUUGAGGCAAUUCAGUGGCAAUGGCUAAAGAUAAGAAGAAAGAUGGCAAAAAAACAGAGAAGUUAACACUUGCCCCUCCUCCUCCACCUGAUACUUCAUUUGAAGGUAGUUCUUCAGUGCAGCUGUCAUAUGUCCAGACAUCAUUGAAUCAAGCAGAGGAAGCACAAGCAAGCUCUUUAGAAUCCCAAGAAGAAUCAAAAGAGAUGGAAGAACCUCUGAUCCAAGAAGCAGCUCAGUAUUAUGAGGAGCCUAUUCUAACUCAACUUAUUGUAGAAAACUAUGAAGGAGAAAAAGUCCAUGGAUUAUAUGAUGGAGAAGGUGUAGCAUAUUUUCAGGGAGGAAAUAUAUACAGAGGCAUGUUUUCCGAAGGACUCAUGCAUGGACACGGGACUUAUACAUGGGCUGAUGGAGUGAAGUAUGAGGGGAAUUUUGUUAAGAAUGUGCAGAUGUGUAAUGGCAGUUACACAUGGCCUGAUGGCAGCAUGUAUGAAGGAGAGGUGAAGAAUGGAGUCAGACAUGGCUUUGGCAUUUACAAGUGUGGCACCCAUCCAGUUUCAUACAUUGGCCAAUGGUGUGAAGGCAAAAGACAUGGAAAGGGUACCAUUUAUUAUAAUCGGGAAGGUACUUCCUGGUAUGAAGGUGACUGGGUAAACAACAUCAAAGAUGGCUGGGGGAUAAGAUGUUAUAAAUCUGGAAAUAUCUAUGAAGGUCAAUGGGAAAAAAAUGUGCGUCAUGGGGAAGGAAGGAUGAGAUGGCUGACGACUAACCAGGAGUAUACUGGACAGUGGGUAAAUGGCAUACAGCAUGGGUCUGGUACCCACUCCUGGUUUCUGAAGAGAAUUCCUGGGUCUCAGUAUCCUUUGAGGAAUGAAUAUGUAGGGGAUUUUGUAAAUGGGGAUCGUCAUGGACGUGGAAGGUUCUUCUAUGCCAGUGGAGCAAUGUAUGAUGGAGAAUGGGUUUUCAAUAAAAAACAUGGCAUUGGGAGAUUUGUCUUCAAGAAUGGGCGUAUUUAUGAAGGGGAGUUUAUAAAUGAUCAAAUUGCAGAGUACCCAGCUUUUCAAGUGGAUGCAAUGAAUACGCAGGAUCUGAGUGGCAUUCGUACACAAAGUCCCUUUGGCACUGAAACCAUAAGAAUAAUUGAUGGCCCAGGAAAUACCUCUGUGUUGGGAUCAAACAUUGAACUAGACAUAUCUUCAUUGCUGAACUUGUUUCCGGAGAAAGACAGACAGGAAGAAAUGAAACAGGUAGAAUAUGCGGUAUUGAGACAUAUUACAGAACUGAGAAGAAUCUACAGUUUUUACAGCAGCUUAGGCUGUGAUCAGUCUCUUGACAACACCUUCCUGAUGACUAAGCUCCAGUUCUGGAGAUUUCUAAAGGAUUGCAGGUUUCAUCAUUAUAAUGUAACCCUUGCUGAUAUGGACAGGAUACUGAAUGAAGAUAAAGUAACACCUGAGGAGGUGCAUUCUCCAUAUGAAACUUUACUGCUAAGAACAUUUUUGACUUACCUUAUUCAUCUAGCAGUCCAUAUCUAUCACAAAGAGCACAAAGAUAAAGGUCCAUAUCUGUUUAAGUGUUUCUCAGAAAUGAUGAUGAAGAACAUUUUUCCCAAUGCCUGUCAUAUACAAGGCAUUUUAUUUUGUGAACAACAACAAACUAUCUGUGCAAUUAAUUACAUUGAUAAAUGCUGGGAGAUAUACAGGGCUUAUUGUAGACCAAGCACCAUACCUCCUUAUGAACCCACAAUGAAAAUGAGACACUUCCUCUGGAUGUUGAAAGAUUUAAAUAUGCUAAGCAAACAAUUAACUGCUACAAAAAUUGUGGAAAUACUGGUAAAGGACAAUCCUUUUGUACGCGAUGGAGAUGACAGCAACUUACAGCAUGAGUUGGUUUUUCUUGAAUUCUUUGAAGCUCUCCUUGAUUGCGCCCUGUUAUAUGUUACCAAUGAUAUGAUUAAGCAGCAAGUAGAUCUUGUAAAUCAAGAAGGAAAUGGUUAUAGAACUGAAGAUUACACAGAAGGGGCACGCCAUAUUCUGCAGCACCCAGAAUACUCAUUUCAGUCCAUUCAUAGCAGAAGUAUGACCAGUGCUGAGGUAAGCCACGAACCCUCUGAGACAAAUCACUACUACAUUACUACAAGGUCUUCAAGCAAGCUAGCACAGUCACCUGAUGAUAGAAUAAAAAAACCUGAGCUUAUAUCCAAGGACUCUGCAGUAGAAUACAGAAGUUCCAGACAGACUUUUAAAUCUGCUGAAAAAGAGAGAGAAGCCAUGGUAGAACAUGCUUCUGUCAUAGGCUGCCGGGCACCAAAGGAAGGAGCUGGAACAGUUCCAAAUGUCGCAUUCUCCUCAAACACGGUGUACCGGCUGUCUCCUGAUGACAAAGAUGAAAUGUUGGUUCAGUCUUGGACAGAUUUGGAUGCAGAACAAGGCCAAGUGCUCAGCAACCCCAUGAAAGGAUUUGCAGAUAAACUAGAAAAAGCAAAAAGCGAACAGAAGGAAAAACUCAGUCUGUGGCUAAAUCAGAUGUACAUCUUUUUUGUGAACAAGUUCUUUCCUGCCUACAAGCAUGCUCAAGUGGUGAAGGAAAAUGUAGAAGAAAAUAGGAAACGGGAUGCUGAAUUAGCCGUGCAGUUAAAAAUUGAAGAGGAAGCAAAGCUUAUGGCCAUAAGGAAAGCCGAAGAGGCCAAAAAACAAGAAGAAGCUGCAGCAGAAAAAGCAGAGACAGAUAAUGCAGUGGUUAAAGAGCCAGAGGAUUCAGCUACACAGCUGCCACUUCCUGCAAAGGAAGAAGUAGUGAUUCUGCCCCAGCCAGCCAUUAGCAAGGUUUCUGCAGGUGUGAAGAAAAAGAAAAAGUAAAUUAGGCUGACUGUUGCAAUAAUAAAGUUAUAUUUGCAGUUGCCACCUCUGAGAGACUGAACUGCAUAGGAUAACGCCUACUACUACUCAGAGAUCACAUUCUUCUGGAGCUCAAGUGGUAGUGGUCCUUCUAGUAUCAAUAUGGCCAAAUCAUAAUAUCUGAGCAUUUGAGGCAUAAAGAAUUUUCCUCAUAACAGCUCUUGAAAGUAGGUAUGUAUAAUGAUCUCAUUUUACAGAUGAGGAACUGAGGUACCAAAAAAAAAAACACAAAAAAAAGAUUUGUCUCAAGACAGCCUGUGGCAGCCCCGGAAAUUGAACUGAGGUCUCCUGAGUCCCAGCCUAGUGCCUUAUUCACAAGGCUAUGCUUCCUCUCUGUAGAAACGUCCCAGGUUCUGAUCUUGGCGCUGCAUACUACAUUGUCUGCAUAUGCAUAUCCAUAGAUUUAUAAUAAAUUAAAUUACACAGCCAAUAUAUUUUAUCUAAACUGAAAGGGCCUCACCUUUUCUACUCAAAAAUAUAAAUGUCACGGCCCUUAUUUACCUAAAUGAAAAAUAUCAUCCCAGUGUUUUUGGUUUUUUUAUGCUAUACACAUCACAGUUUGGGAAAAACAAAGUCUUAGAAAGUCAAGAGGAAGGUCACCACAAAGCUUGCUACAUUGUCUAUAGUCACUGCCCUUGGGCAACUAAUGUGUGUGUCACAGAGUAGGCUGGCCCUUUAAGAGGCAGUGUGGCGGGGGGCAGGGGUGUCCAGUGCACCAGUGACUGAUUAUCUGCUGCCCAGUUGGGCUUACGGGAAGGCCCCUGGUUGAGCAAAAGGAAGGGAAGGGCUUACAAAGGAAGAGACAGCAGCAGCUGUUCUCUCUACCUCCCUGGGCUGAAAGUAGUCCACUGGUAGCAGUUUUUCCCCUGCUGCUCUCUCCUCCAUUAUAAGGCUCAGCUGCCUGCCCUUCAGCCCAGCUGGGCAGCAGCUAAUCAGCCUCAGGUGCACUGGAAACUGCUCCCACUUAAAGGGACCAGUCACACUGGCAGUGGGAUGAAGGUAGGUACUCAGAAAAGCUCCUUUCCGGUUAUGGGAUUAGCGUUUGGGAAGAUGUUCAAGAACAAGCCAUCAUAGAAUCAUAGAAGAUUAGGGUUGGAAGGGACCUCAGAAGGUCAUCUAGUCCAACCCCCUGCUCAAAGCAGGACCAAUCCCCAGACAGAUUUUUACCCCAGUUCCCUAAAUGGCCCCCUCAAGGAUUGAACUCACAACCCUGGGUUUAGCAGGCCAAUGCUCAAACCAUCCUCACACAAUGUUUCAGUGGCAAACUAUGUUUUCAUUGAAGUCAGCCAAAAAUGUUCACAAAGUGGAGGAACAAGACAAUACAUGUACAGCAUAUGGCCACUGCAAGAAAAUCCUCUCACUCUUUGUCUGUAAAUUGCUAUGAGUAACCCUAGCAUUAUGCAGAACACUGAGGGAGCAGAGGAUUAUCGUCUAUGCUUAUCUCUAUUUGUAUGAUCCAUUUAGAAUUCUAGUCUUGCAAGAAAACAUGCUGCCACAUCAGAACAUCUUCUCUAGCAGUUUCAUUUUUUUGCAGGGGGAGUAGAGGAAAAUGAGUAAGUAUAGGCAGUCGGGAUUCCCCUGGAAGCACAGAGAUGGCGUUAGCUGCUCUAUGACACACUCUAUCCCCUUCAGCCACAGGGAUGGCCAGAACAUUGCUGCACUCUGGCUGGUGUAAUGGUACCAUGGUUACUGUAAUUUACACCAGGAGUCAAAUGUUACCCAGCAGCCCAAGGGAUCAGAGGAAUACAAAAGUGGCCUAAAAAUGCCUCUACCCUGCUCCCAGCUGGGCCCUACACUGAACACAGCUUGGCUGGAUACAAGGAUAGGAGCCAGGGGCAAUACUCUCUCUUAGCAAGCCCAUGAAUAGGGAGCCUAAAGAAAUAAGAUUGUAACAGUGAUAAUGCCUUGACCUUUUAAACAAAACCUCCUGUUGUCUGCCCAAACAAUGAUGGGGCCCCAAUGCUGAAGGAGCCUUUGUGCAAGUAUAUUUUCCCGGAAAAGGUGCCAAUAAACUGCUUAUUUUGUAUAUCUAAGACCUUAAAAGAUUAGGUAGCAUCUAAACCUCAGCAAUUUUAUUUUUUUCAAACUUACUAGGAAAUCCAAGUUAAAAUAUCCCCCCCUCUUCCUACAUUCCACUGGCCCUAUUGCCAAGAGUCAGAGACAGGAAUUCCUUCAGAGUAAUUGGAUUUUCUCUGAAGUUACUGAAUCUACUUUUAUUUAAACUCCUUGUUAAAAAUGAUCUGAAGAAUUUUUAACUACUUUAGGUCCUGUCCACGUUCGCUUCAGAACAAUGAUAGGUACAACCAGAGUCCUGGUUCUGAUCCAGUGUGGAUAGGACCUUAGAAUUAAAUACUAGAUACUUCCACUAAGGGCAAUGGGGAGAUGUACACUCAAUUUAAAAUUUGUGAGACAUGGGAAGGGUGAAAAAUAAGUCCUAGUUCUCCUGCUCCCACUCUAGAGGAUACAUCAAUGUCCAUUAUGCUGCUAAUGUUGCACACCCCAACAGAACCCUCAUUUCAGACUAAAAAUGGACUAUUGGGAUCAGGUAAUUUCUUCUGCACGUGAAAAAUGACCACCAAACCCCACAGGAAUUGCCUGGCCACUAAGUCUGAAUGCCCCUCUGCCCUAGCUAUUUGGGGUAGGCAGCAUAUUCUACAGUUGUUGGACUUUUCCUUUUAACUAUUUGCAGGUUUCCUUUAAAACGGUUAAUACUUUGAUAAUUAGCUGGGUAGGAAAAGAGUAACAAUUAUAAGAUUGUAAGAAUAAACAUGUGCCAAAAGGCCUUGCCAAAGGCAAAAUGAACCUUAACCACACAACGACCUAAAUAAAAUUGUUACUUGUAUAAAAACUAGAGCAGUUCCCCCAGGGCACUUAAAUAUGUGACAAUGGGUUCUCUGUAAAUGUCUAAAGAUACAUAUACAUGUCAAUUCAAAGAGAAUGCUUUUAAAAUAGGUACUCAUAUUGUUACCCUUAUUGAAGCAGUCAUUAAAAUAGACUUGAGCUACCUGGGGAAGGUUUGCAAUAG